CUUCGAUGUUCGGUUCACCGCGGCGGCUUCAGCCGGAUUUUUGAAUGAUCCCAUGGCCAGAGGACUUCCUCAGAAAGCUGGAUUGUUAUUAACCCGGGACAUUGGCUUUGGCUUCCCCUAACGCUCGAGCCCAUUUCUUUAAGCACCUGCCGUAAUUCCAUGGGGGAAUGACUUGUCCGUCGCGUAGGCGCCCGUGAUGGAAGGCCAGGGAGUAAUCACCAGGUUUGCUUAAUUUUUAUGCACAGGAUGCCCUAGUAUACGAGAAGGAAGCUCCUAGACUAGCUGGCCGGCUUUGUCAGCGUAUCAAACGCUCUGGCAUCGACUACAAGGCUCAAGUAGAGACGCAAGAAUCCGACCAUGGUGGCUUCCGCUCUCAUAAAUCCGUGGUACCGAAUUUAGACAGUGGCCGCUUCCUACGUAAGCCCAGGAAGCAUGGAGUUCAACACAAUGGUCAUUUCUAUGAUCUGGACGUCUGAUCAGGACUUCUGAUCUGCAUUCGCAACAGGCUUACGGGCGUCUUGGAGCAUUCACACUACAGUUCUGUCGGCUCUGGCAUGAUUGAAGAGCAUCACAGAUGACAUUCACCAAUUCAUGAACGGCAGGAUCUCAGGCGCUGCUGCGGGACGGCGAUGGUGUAUAUGAGCGAGCCGUCCAGCUCAGCGUCAAACACCUCGACGUUGGCCAGCUUGUGGAUAGGAUGACGGAGCAGGACGAUGGCCAGCGUGGAACAGAUGAAGUGAUGCAUCUGCUUCCGAAAGUGGAUCACACUAGUCAAGAGCUAGGAUAUUGAUGGACAGCCGCUACCGCUACCCGGCUAUCGCGAUGCUCUUUUCGCCUGGCGCGCAGAAAACUUUUGCGGGGACCAUGCUGCCGGAGCGAAGCGUCAACAGAUGGGACAGGCGCCGAGCAGAAAUUUCUCCGCCCCAGUGCGGACGCGGCUCGCGAUGGCGUUCGUAGCUGCUGUCCAGCUCUGAGAGGGAAGACAGGAACAACGAGGUGAAAAGGGCCAGAAAGAAAAAAGAAGGACGGGACAAGGCGAGUUUGAGCCAAUCCACGGUCCACGUUGUAUUGGGGGAAAAGGGAAAAGACCAGCCGAAACCGACAUUGCCCGAAGGCGAGCGCGGCGUUAAGGCGACGCAAAGUCCCUGUCGCUUUGCCUGCGCUGGCCCCGUUUCCCGGCCAGUUCCUCGCCCAAAAAAGAUUCAAAUUUGAUGCUUCCGAGCGCCGUCUGAACACCUACAAACAAAUCCUCCUCCACCUUCGUUGCAAGUCCACUGCAUCGCUUCAUCCGCCUCCCAUCUCCUCUCUGUCCCUUCCGCCGUCCUUGUCGCAUCCAUUGGCACAAUGUCCGGCACCGCAACCGCCCUCAAGCAGACCAUCGAGGCCAAGGAGCCGCAGAAGCUGUCCGGCCUUGCGCUGUACUCCAGAUUCGCCUUCGCUGGUGCAGUCUGCUGCGCAGUCACCCACGGUGCCCUCACUCCAGUUGACGUCGUCAAGACAAGAAUACAGCUCGACCCCGUCACAUACAACAGCGGUCUCAUCGGCGGCUUCCGCAAGGUCAUCGCCAAUGAAGGUGUCGGCGCCAUCUGGACCGGCGUUGGCCCGACCUUCGCCGGCUACUUCCUGCAGGGUGCUUUCAAGUUCGGCGGCUACGAAUUUUUCAAGCAGCAGUGCAUCAACCAGCUCGGCUACGAGACGGCCUCCAACAACCGCACUGCCGUCUACCUCGCAUCGUCCGCCACCGCCGAGUUCUUCGCUGACAUCGCCCUGUGCCCGCUCGAGGCUACCCGUAUCCGUCUCGUGUCCCAGCCAGACUUCGCUAACGGCCUGAUCGGUGGCUUCAGCAAGAUCCUGAAGAACGAGGGUAUCGGUGCUUUCUACAGCGGUUUCGGCCCCAUCCUCUUCAAACAGGUUCCAUACACCAUGGCUAAGUUCGUCGUCUACGAGAAGGUCGCCGAGGCUGCCUGGAAGGUCUUCGACAAGAACACGGCUUCAGGCGGUUUCCAGACUACUGUCAACUUGGGCUCUGGUCUGAUCGCCGGUUUCGCCGCCGCCAUCGUCUCUCAGCCGGCCGACACCAUGCUCUCGAAGAUCAACAAGACCAAGGGUCUUCCAGGUGAAGGCACCACCACCCGUCUCAUCAAGAUCGCCAAGGAACUUGGCUUCCGCGGCUCAUAUGCUGGUAUUGGCGCUCGUCUGUUCAUGGUUGGUACUCUCACUGCUGGUCAGUUCGCCAUCUACGGCGACAUCAAGAAGGCUCUCGGUGCCGUUGGUGGCGUCGAAAUCGCAGCUUCGAAAUAGACACCCUGCAUUGACACACGAGGAGAAUGGGAAAAGAACAGGAGGUGGUUGUAGCAUUUUAACGAGUGGACCUGGGUAGAUUCCUACUUUUCUAGACCAUUAGACGCAGCGAUAUGGCCUCUAGAAGCAAGCCUCCCCCCGUGGAUUGAAGAGCAGACCUUUUUUUUGCAUAAGAGCCUUACCUACGGGAAAGGCACCGUUGCAAAAGCUAAUAGACGGCAUGAAGUACCUCGCUUUUUUUUUACUCUCUUGCUUUGACUAGGUAUACAUGGGCGCGCGUGAGAUGUAUUAUAGGGUUUUUUGUCUUCUUUUUUUAGUUGUCUGUCUGCAACACUAAAAGAAAUGGCGGUAGUUGACAGUCUUAGAAAAGGCAAUUGUCCCUCUCUCUCUCUCUCUCUCUCUCUCUGUCUCCUCUCAUGCUUUGUCUUAUCACGUACUGUCUCCAGGCCAGCUACUCAAGUCAUGCUCAUCGAUCACAAUACAGAAACACUUCAAGCGCCCUUCGACCUACUGG